CUUCUAUAAAUUGAGACCAUGCAACCCAACCAAAAUAUCAAGCCAGAGCCAAACAAACAGUGUCACAGUUACAAACUCUCUAAAAACACAACACUUGCUCAUAGUGAUAAUGAUGUACCCUACCACUACCACCACCACAACACUCACUUCCUGACUCACUCACUGACUCUAUCACCCACUCUUUGAUUUCUUCUCAGUUCUCACUUUUUCUUUCCCUCACACUGUAGAUAACGACAUCGUGGACUGCAGCUGCUGACUGCCAAUUCGCCAUAUUAUUACUUAUAAAGCUCUCCGACAACCACUGCCUCUCAUUUUCUCCCCCACUCUCGUACAUUUUAACUCUUUCUUCCACUUCCUCAAUUUAACAUUUCAAACAUUGUCAUUCACUUUCACAAUCUCACUCUUCCAAUUCUCCCACCACCACCACCCUUCUCCAUUUCAAUCUAUUUCCAAUGAUGCAUCAUUGUGGUGGUUGCUCUCAAGGUCACAUGAUGGGAACAUGCACAUGCGGCAUGUUUCAUAACACCGAACCCAAUUCUUACUCCAUGGCAUUCUUCUCCAUGCCAACCCAACUACCCUACGAUGAUUAUGAAAGUGAUAUGUACCCUUUCACGCCCUCUCCGACUUCUGCCGUCGACUGCACGCUCUCCCUCGGAACCCCUUCCACACGCUUGACGGAAGACGAAGGAGGGAGGCGAAACCGCCACGAACGUCGCUCUUCCGCCACCAACAACUUUGGAUGGGAAAAUUCAUCAAAACCCCAAACCAAAGCAAGCAGAGGAAGCCACAAUGGUAACUCCAACAAUGAUUCUCUCCUCGCUCGCCGGUGCGCCAACUGCGACACCACUUCUACACCUCUUUGGAGGAAUGGCCCUCGAGGCCCAAAGUCUCUAUGCAAUGCUUGUGGGAUAAGAUUCAAGAAGGAGGAGAGAAGAGCGAACGCCGCAGCCACCGCCACGCCAGCCGGGGCUGCUUCCGGUUACGGCAGUUCAUGGUACGGAGCACAGUCGCAGAUUGGGAACGAGUUACGGUUCAUGGAUGAUUCCGAUAGGGACUCGGAAAAUGGCAUUCCAUUUCUCUCUUGGAGACUCAACGUUGAACAUUAUUGAAAAUUGAAAUUGAAGCAUGUGGUGACAAAAUUAAUGUACGUUAAUGCAAGAAUUGAAGAAGCAUGAGGAAAGCAGCUAGGUACGUAGCUAGCUUAGGUUGCUAGGUAGAUAUAGAUUGACGUUCAAAACAAGACAGGUGUACGUCAAGUUUGACGAUGAAGAUGAUGAUGAUGUAGAUGUUUUUGAUUGCGAUGGUCUCGUCAAUGUGUUUUGUUUUAUUCUUUUUUUGACCUCAUCCUUUUUGCUUGCUUGCAAGCUUCCUUUUCUCCGUCUUCUAUAAUGUGGACCAAGAACGGGAUAAUUCUAUGUUCCUAUAGUUUGUUUUUUCUUUUUCUUUAACUUUAAUUUUCAGCUACAUAAUAUAUCAAUAUUAAUCUUACCUUUCAGUUGGUUCACUUUUGCUC